ACACGUUCAGCCGCGUGUUUCCCUAUACAGCUGAGGAUGCAUGUGCCACGUGGAUGGCUGUUGCUACUUGUGCUGCUGUUGUCAGUAUGCUUCAGCCUCAGUGGAGCACGCUCGUACCGACUUCCAUCCGAGGAACCUGAAGAGGAACCAGAUGACAUUGACCUGGAGAGCGAGGGCGACGAACCAUCAGAGGAAACUGAAGACCCAACGAUGGAUGAAGAAGAAACGGAAGAAGACGGAAUCGAAGAAGAUGGAGUGGAAGAUGAUGGAUCGGACGAAGAGAAUAUGGAGGAGAGAAUGGGAGAAAAAACUCACGGAAGAGCUCAGGGGCGGCUGACCGUUCAACGUG